CCGCAGCACCGUGCUUCGCUCGCCGCGCCCGCUCCGCUCGCGCUCCCCGCUCGCCCAGCCCGGGACCGCUCCCUCUGCAGCCGCCGCCGCCGCCGCACGGACCCGGAGCUCGUCCGCGCCCACCAUGCGGGCUCAGCUCUGGUUGCUGCAGCUGCUGCUACUCCGCGGGGCCGCGCGCGCGCUCAAUCCCGCAACACCCGCAGGUCACGAUGAAGGUCAAGGCUCUGCAGGGAAUACCAAGAGGACCAGGCGAGGCUGGAGUCGGAGACCCCGAGAGAGCCCCGGGCAGGUGCUGAGGCCAGGCAGGACCCAGCUAAGCCACGACCUGGGCGGGGACUCCCUGGCCAUCGACACACUUCCGGACAACAGGACUAAGGUGGUGGAGGACAACCAUAACUACUACGUGUCCCGUGUCUAUGGCCCUGGUGAGAAACGUAGCCGGGAUCUGUGGGUGGACCUGGCUGUGGCGAACCGGAGUCACGUGAAGGUUCACAGGAUCCUCUCAAGUUCUCACAGGCAAGCUUCGAGAGUGGUCUUGUCAUUUGAUUUCCCUUUCUAUGGGCAUCCUCUGCGGCAGAUCACCAUAGCAACCGGAGGCUUCAUCUUCAUGGGCGACAUGCUCCACCGGAUGCUCACAGCGACUCAGUAUGUGGCGCCCCUGAUGGCCAACUUCAACCCCGGUUACUCUGACAACUCCACAGUUGCUUACUUUGACAAUGGGACGGUGUUUGUGGUUCAGUGGGACCACGUUUACCUCCAGGGCCGGGAGGACAGGGGCAGCUUCACCUUCCAGGCGGCCCUUCACCAAGACGGCCGCAUUGUCUUUGGCUACAAAGAGAUCCCCAUGGCUGUCCUGGACAUCAGUUCUGCCCAGCACCCCGUCAAGGCAGGCCUGUCUGAUGCUUUCAUGAUUUUCAAUUCAUCUCCAGAGGUGUCAGAGUCUCGGAGACGGACCAUUUUCGAAUACCACCGUGUGGAACUGGACUCCAGCAAGAUCAUCACCUCCUCGGCUGUGGAGUUCACCCCAUUGCCAACCUGCCUCCAGCAUCAGAGUUGUGACACCUGCAUGUCCUCGAACCUGACCUUCAACUGCAGCUGGUGCCAUGUCCUGCAGAGAUGUUCCAGUGGCUUUGACCGAUACCGCCAAGAAUGGCUGGCAUAUGGCUGUGCCCAGGAGGCAGAGGGCAAGACCUGCGAGGACUUCCAGGAUGAGGGCCACUACUCAGCCUCCCCCGACAGCUCCUUCAGCCCCUUUGAUGGCAGCUCCACCUCUUCCUCCCUUUUCAUCGACAGCCUCACCACAGAAGAUGACACCAAGUUGAACCCCUCCGCAGAAGGAGACGGCCUUCCAGACCACUCGUCCCCGAAGACUAGGGGCCCUCCCGUGCACCUGGGCACCAUCGUGGGCAUCGUGCUUGCUGUCCUCCUGGUAGCGGCCAUCAUCCUGGCUGGGAUCUACAUCAGCGGCCACCCUAAUUCCAAUGCCGCACUCUUCUUCAUCGAGCGGAGACCUCACCACUGGCCGGCCAUGAAGUUCCACAACCACCCCAACCACUCCACCUACACAGAGGUCGAGCCCUCCGGCCACGAGAAGGAAGGCUUUGUGGAAGCUGAGCAGUGCUGAGAGCAUGGGACAAAGACCUGGGCACGGCAUGACAGACAAGUCGCCGCAGAGAGAAGUGAUUCCUUCCCCUGGGCUCCUCGGAGCUGGCCCUGGGCCAGGAAGACAAGAUAACAGCUUACAGUGCCAAAACUACAGUUCAGUCCGCACACUCCAGAUAAAGGGGGACUCAGUGACACAACCUUGAAGGUUUCGUAAAGGAAAACUAACCUCAGAGUUCCCUGUCUCAAUGGGAGGAGGCUUCAUUUGGGGGUCUCUCAGUGGUCCGCAGCUAUGGUGGAGCCCCUGCCCACUGGAGACAGUCUCCUGUGUUCCUCCUGCUCACUGAAGCCCGCACUGGGCCAUGGCAUUCCAGGGUCUAUAGACUCAAGCUCUGGUCUUCCUAGCUAUGGAGUCAGUGCACUUGGCUCCAAAUUUUGUGACUCUGGAAGCCUAAAGAAGGGGUGCCCUCCGUCUGAGAGCUCUUAUCCCUGAGAUAAGCUAAAAGAGAGGAGAGAGAAAUAACCUUGGGGAACUUGUAUUUUCUGGCCUUGGCCCUUUGCUUCAUUGUUUCUGCAGAGGCGGAGGGCUGACUUCAGAGCACUGUAGCCCGAAGCUCAUUCUGCACCCAGCUCUGCUCCUCAGCCUCCACCUUGCAAGCUGGUCUUGCAUGACUGCUAGUAAAGGGUGGGGCCCUUACUGUGCCAUGAUAUGUCUGGUGCCUGCUUUACUCGUUGACCUGUUCAGUCGUCAAUGACAGUAGUUUCCUUCAAAGAGAGGGACAAUGUUCCUGGCUCCUAUUUUAUUUGGCUGACCAGUAACCAUUAA